AUGUUCAUACAAACGGAGAGUACAAAAAGAAUAUUUUACGAUAAUUCAUCAGUGCCUGAAUUUAAACCGAUAACAGACGCACAGAUAAAAAAGAUAAAUGAAAUUAUUAAAGAAUUAACAAGUACAAAUAAAGUGCAAAGUUUAAGUACAAAUGAUAAAAGAAAAGGGAGAAUUUUAGAUAGUCAGGCUGAGUCUUCUAAUAUAGAAGCGAUAGAGACGAAGAAAGAUGACAGACAGUAUGAAAAAUCUUGUCCUCAAGGAGGAACGUGCGAAUUUUUUUUCUAUUGCUGGAUGGUCGGUGGUCUAUUGGACGGCUCGUGUGGAAGCCUCUUAAAAGGCUGCUGCCACAGAGUAGCUAAAGCCGGUACACUUGGUGUUCAAGACUCGAACAGCAUAGAGUACUCAUCAAGUGAGGGACACAAUUUUGGUCCAGUUUUAAAUGAUGAAACUGAUGUUCGAUUGAUACGUGUAGGCCUAGUGGUUAACAAGUACGGGUACGGAUCCGGAAGUCCUGGAUUCGAGUCCAUGGUCGAGUACUGUCAAGAAAUAUUCAGUAGCAGCCCGGAGUUGGGAAGUUGGCAGUAUUCACGAGUGUCAACACAGUCAACUCUUAAAGAGCACGUUAAGCUGUCAGUCCUAUGCCUUAUGUCUAUAACUAUGGUCCCAGAAUUUGAGACAGAUGAAAAUUUAAUU